AUGCCUUGCUCUGGAGACACCUCUACUAUUUGUGGUGGCCCUGACAGGAUUACCAUCUACAAAUAUCAUGGCAAAGAAUUGCCAGCCGGAGCGACUGUUCUUUCCUCGUACAAGGAUUUCACGAGUCAAGGCUGCUACACCGACUCUGUCCAAGCGCGCAUCAUGAACCAAGUCGCUGCCAACGGCCAAAUGGCAGUGGAAACGUGCAUCGACACCUGCGUUGCAGCUGACUAUGAAGUAGCUGGAGUCGAAUACGGAACGGAGUGCUAUUGCCCUGCGACUUUGCCUGCAGACAGCAACAAGGCAGCUGGAUAA